CGAUGCUCACGUUGUAUUUGUGUGUAUAAUCUAUUUGUCUCAUCCUGCCCAUCCGACCAUCCGUGUGCGCUUUCCAAGGAAACUGGUCUGCAAAACCGACGUGAUGACUCAGCAGUCCAUCCAUCCAUCCAUCCAUGCGCCCGCCAUGCACAAUAUAUUACGCGCCACAGACUGUAUCGUCCCACGCCAAUCUGUACACGUGGAGAAGACACUGACACGCUCACACAUACUUAAGUGUACCAUGGAUGGCCAGGCGCCCCCCUCUCUCCCGCAGCCCCUGUUUGUCCCCCUUGGUAUCUGCAACAGCAUCUAAGCUAAGCUAUGCCGCCCCUGUGGCCCUUCUCCUGUCCCUCUCCACCGACAUGUUCUUGCGGCGCUGCCCACCGCUCCCCCGCCUCACCGUCUCGAGCGACGCCCGCACACUCAGCCGACGCCGCUCCCACAGCCGAUCCCCCUCGCCCUUGCGCAAAAAGUCGAACCGCAUGGCCGUCGGCGACGCGGCGGCCGGGCCCUCGUGGAACAAAGGCGGGGUGGGCAGGCUGAUGUCCAUCGGCACCGGCCCCCUCUCUGUCUGGUCCUGGCUCUUUUGCUUCUUGCUGUCCUCGCUGCUGUCGGCCAGGUGGGCGGCGGACGAUGGCCGCUUCUGAGGGGUCACCAAGUCUCUCACCGCCGGAUGGGCCACGCGGGACGGCCGUGACUUGUGCCGCACCCCAGACGGCCGAGGCGGACGCCCGAUGGACGCAGAGGGCGUCGGGGGGGCCGCGGACACCGGCUGGCCGCCAUCCUUCUUAUCUCUCUGUUUGCGGCCAGACACCGCAGUGGGUGGCGGCGGCGGCAUGACCAGCCCCUCGCGCACCGCCGCACCACUCGGCCCCUCCGGCACAAAGCCCGCCGUCCUGUGGCGCUGCAGCGGGUAGGGCCCACCCUCACCCUUGCCCUUCACAGCGCCGGCCAUCGUGUGGCGGAUCCCCCCGCCCCCAUCCCUGGCCGUCAGGUCCGUGUUGGCGUUGAUCGGCCUCACUUUAGCGCCCACCGGCGGCCCCCCGCCCCUGUCAGCAUCGGCCAACUCAACCACUCUGUCGAGUCGGGAGGGCCGGCUGGCGACUGGCGGCGGGGGGGAGGGGACACCCAUGGCAGCGAUCUCGUGUGCAGGGGUGGCUGGGGGCGGGGGGGAGGGACUUGGGAGGGGAUGCCUGUCUGUCUCAUCCGUGUCGGGGAGGGGGUGUCUGGCGGGGGUGGGCGGCAGCGACGCGUAGACGCGCUCGUGAGUGGUGCGAUAAUACUCAGACAGCAGGGCCGCAUUCGACGGAUCUUCCUGCCCCCACAACGCCGCACAAAGAGGGCAAAUGACCGUCUGUCUGUGUGUCAGUUGUGUGUGGGUCAGUGUACCGCUAGUAUGGCCUCCAUGUCCCAGUGGCUGCGCUGCGUCGAGUUGAUGACAUCCAAAAACAUUGGCUCGAGCCGCUCCAACUCCUGACAAACACACAAACCCACAGAGGGAGAAGGCAUUCCAUCUGGUGGUCUCAUUGCAGUGGUGUGGGCCUUUGCGCACCGUCACCAGCAGCCGAGUGGUCGGCAGCGGCAUCAACUUGACCGUACGGCCACGGAUGUAGUCGAAAUACCUGCAGAGCAGCACAGAAGACCCAUCGAUGGGCGCCUUGUUGUCAUUCCUCUGUGUGUGAUUUGUUUACGUGGUAACGUGUUUGACGGCCUCCAUCUCCUGAUUGUCGUCACCGAUGGCAAUGACGGUGUCAAAGCGGCCCUUGGGGUACAUCUGCAACUCCUCAGCCACCAUCAUAGCCUGCAAACCCCACCAACGCACACACACACACACAUCGACAAACACAUCAAGACAUAUUCCCCCUCUCCCUCCCCUGUGACCUUCUUUGUGUAUGCGAAUUUGGGGUCGGGGAAUCGUUCAGUGGCUGAGAGGAUCUCAAUCUGGUGCUGGUCGAUGAGCUUCGUGAGCUGCGGGAAGUGCUCGAUGGCUUUGGUCUCCACCCAGCCCACAUUGGCCGACGUCACUAUCAUGACCUUGCCCUCAGAGACCGCCACGCGCAGCAGCCGACUCGCCACUUCGUCAAGCCGCCUCACCAGCUGAGGGUCGUCGCUGCCGCGCCCAACCAUCCCCCGCAACGCCGCCGUGUGGCACAGAGUGUCGUCCUGAAACGAAGGCAGAGAAAAAAGGGAUGCCAUUGCAAACACGCCUCUGUGCGACGAUCUCCCUCCCUCUCUCCAUUGCUCUCUCACCCAGUCGAAGAAGAUGAGGUUGCGUUUGUCGUCGGGGCAGUCGUGUGUGUGCCAGGUGGGCAGAUGCCACUGCUGUUUGGCAUUGCCGCGCCGGCCGCCCACUCCACUGCAGCUCUGCCGGGCGGGCGCCGAGUGGUGCAUCACGUCACCAUUCUUCUCGUGGCUGGCGCGGCGCGUCGGGCGGGGCGGUGUGCGGUCACCGGAUGCACCAGAUGCAUCGAACGAGGCAGCAACUGCCGUUUGAGGUGGGGCGAGUGACGGUGAGGGGCGGGGAGGACCCUCCAUAUCGCUAUGCUAUCUAUCGGGUCCCUCCUGUCAGAAAAUGCGCUCAAAGCAAUGCAUUCGUACGAACGCUAGGAGACA